GAUAACCGUGAUAACCGAGGUUGGGAUUUUCGAACGCACUCCAGCAAGGCCAUAGUUCAGUGAAUAAAUGUAAUUAUUAUCAACAAUGUAGUAAAAAUGAGACGCACGUGGCCCGUUAUCGUUCAUUCGUGCGUCCUGAGAUAUUGCAGUAAACAUCCAGCAAGACGUUGCAUCAGUACAAUGACAAAUCCACUUAUUGCAGUGUGUCAGAUGCGGUCGAUAUCUGACAAAGUGAAAAAUUUGGAAGUUGUGACCUCGUUAGCGAUAGAAGCCAAACGCAGGUCAGCCGCAAUAGCGUUCUUUCCUGAAGCAUGUGAUUACUUAGCGGACAAUAAAAAGGAUAUCGUCGCCAUGGCUGAACCUUUGAGUGGGCAGACAGUAGCAUCUUACAAAGAAAUUGCCUCCAAGAAUGAUAUCUGGUUAUCCUUAGGUGGAAUUCACGAAGCUUCGCCAGAUGCACAGAAGAUUUACAACACGCAUAUACUGAUAAAUAAUGAGGGACAAUUGGUGGCCACGUACAGGAAGAUACAUCUGUUCGACAUGGACAACAAGGAUACCGGAGUGCGUCUGAUGGAGUCGGACUAUGUGCUGAGAGGGACCGAAAUCGUGCCACCUGUGCUUACGCCGAUCGGCAAGCUCGCGCUCAGCAUCUGUUACGACAUGCGUUUCCCCGAAUUAUCUCUAACCCUGCGCAACAUGGGAGCGCAGAUUCUCACGUAUCCGUCAGCGUUCACGUAUCAGACCGGCGCUGCACACUGGGAGGUGAUGCUGCGAGCACGAGCCGUGGAGAAUCAGUGUUACGUUGUAGCUGCAGCCCAGACCGGCGCGCACAACAAGAAGAGAACGAGCUGGGGCCACGCCAUGAUCGUGGAUCCUUGGGGAGCCGUUGUGGCACAGUGUGCUGAGAAAACGGGCAUAGCUACGGCCGAGAUCGAUCUCGAGCUGUUAGAGAAAGUUCGGAAAAACAUGCCUUGCGAGGAACACCGUCGCACUGAUUUGUACUCUAAGAUGAAAUAGUCGGAAGUCCACUCAACAUCAUUGUGUAUCCGAAAAAGGACUUGAUAAUACGUCAUAGGCGGUUUAUCACAAUUAAUUGUAUUGUAAUUAUAUUUUUUAUAUAGAUUUAUACACAUUUCAGAUACAAUACGAAUCUAUGGUGACAGACCGUUA